AAACUAUCCUACCUCCUUAAACUGGUCAGAACUGACAUGGAAGAUCCACUUGUGCGCACCCUGGAAUGACAGGCAUUCCUGUGUGAAGAGAGCCGGCGUGAAGACGUAUUUGUAAGAACCACAAGUGCCCAGGCCGGGACAGGGAAAGAAACUCCAGCAGAGUGACCUCAUACCAUUUCCUGAUGUUUGGCAGUGACACUGAGAGAGGAGUGCACGUCCCCUCCUUAUGUGGAUUUAUCUUUUAAGAAAAGUUCGCUUUGGUCCAGCACAGUUUGUUGUCGUGAGACACAUCAGACAAUAUAAUCAUGGGGCAAGCUGAUGUCUCCAGACCGGUAAAUCCAGAUGCAACUGACGUCUCCAGAGAACCCUGAGACAUGCUCCAGAACUCCCAAUGGACUUUUGAAGAUAGAAAAUAACCUGAAAAACCGAUCAGAAGAAGCAGGCCAGCCCCCUGCCGACCCGGGCAUGAUCAUGGACGGCGUGGAAGCAGGAGGAGACACGACGCCUCCCACCAAAAGGAAGAGCAAGUUCUCAGGCUUUGGCAAGAUCUUCAAGCCCUGGAAAUGGAGGAAAAAGAAAAGUAGCGAUAAAUUCAAAGAGACAUCCGAAGUUUUAGAGCGAAAAAUAUCUAUGCGAAAACCGAGAGAAGAGCUGGUUAAAAGAGGGGUUCUGUUGGAAGACUCUGCACCGGAUGAUGAGGAUCCAGGGAAGCUAAACCAUGCCCUGUUGAAGAAUGGCCAUACCACCCCCAUAGGGAGCACCAGGUCUUCUAGUCCAGUCCAAGUAGAGGAAGAGCCAAGUAGAAGAAUAGCAGGUCUUGGGAAACCUGUUCCAGAAGAGGACCCAAAGAAGCGCCUAGGCUCAACUGGAAGCCAACCUAAUUCUGAAGCAGAAUCCAUUCCUGAAAAUGCACCCAAACAGCCUUUACUUCCCCCUAAAAGACCAUUGUCCUCUUCUCAUGAAGCAAAUGAAGGGCAAGCAAAGGGUGCCUCUUCCUCUGGCAGCACAGCAAGGUCCAUCUCCUCCACCUGCAUCGCCGCCGUUGCCGCUGCACCUGCUGCCACUGCUGCCACCACUGCUGCCGCCACAAACCUACCAAAAACUGUUAACUCCUCCGUCCCCCCUUCCCCAGCACCCAGGACUCUGCCUGCUGCUCCUGCCAGCACUAACACUACUGCCACCCUGAGCCUCCCUCAUCCGGUCCCUGCCAAGCAGCCCCCUAUCCCUCCCCCUAAACCAACAAACAGAAAUAGCAACCCUGUCGUUGCAGUAAACAGUGGUACAUUGUUGUCAAAACCAUCCCCACCCUUACCACCUAAAAGAGGCAUUCCAUCAACCUUGGUACCCACCUCGGAGUCUGCCACCACCACCAUCACCACAAAAGCACCAAGUGAUCACAGAGAGAAGAGCACGUGUUCUGUGGGUUCCGAACAGCUGUUGAUGAUCCCACCUCGCUCUCCAUCCCCCCCACUGCCUACUCAUAUACCUCCAGAACCCCCACGGUCCCCUCCAUUCCCUGCUAAGACUUUUCAAGUCAUGCCAGAAAUGGAGUUUGCACCUUCCUUAGACCUACCCCAGGAGGUUCUCCAGCAGCAGGACCAGAAAAAGGAAGUACCCAAGGGGAUGCUGGAUCACAGCUUUGGGGAGCCCCAUGUACCCUCUAGACUGCCCCCUCUCCCGCUGCAUAUCCGAAUCCAGCAGGCCCUCACCAGCCCACUGCCCGCGAUCCCUUCCUUGGAGGGCUCCCACAGAGCUCACUCGUUGCUCUUCGAGAACAGUGACAGCUUUUCUGAGGACAGCAACACCCUGGGUCGUACCAGGUCACUUCCCAUCACUAUUGAGAUGCUGAAAGUUCCAGACGAUGAAGAAGAAGAGGAGCAAACCCACCUGUCUGCAUUCAGUGAAGACUUGCCACCUACCUCAGUCGUUCCUAAACUACCACAGUGUCUGCAGGAGGAAGAGGAGGAGAAGGAGAGUGACUCAGACUCAGAAGGUCCCGUUCAAUACCGAGAUGAAGAGGAUGAAGAUGAAAGCCAGAACAGUGCUCUGGCCAACAAAGUGAAGAGGAAAGAUACACUGGCAAUGAAGUUGAACCCUAGACCCAGUGAACCAGAGUUGAACUUGAACUCUUGGCCUCGAAAAAGCAAAGAGGAGUGGAAUGAAAUACGGCACCAGAUUGGGAACACACUGAUCCGACGACUAAGUCAAAGACCAACGCCAGAAGAACUUGAACAACGAAAUAUAUUACAGCCUAAAAAUGAAGCUGAUCGUCAGGCAGAAAAACGCGAGAUUAAACGGCGGCUCACAAGAAAGCUCAGUCAAAGGCCAACUGUGGCUGAGCUACUGGCGAGGAAGAUUCUGAGGUUUAAUGAGUAUGUGGAGGUAACAGAUGCUCAAGAUUAUGACCGGCGAGCCGAUAAACCGUGGACCAAACUGACCCCUGCCGAUAAGGCUGCCAUAAGAAAAGAACUGAAUGAAUUUAAAAGCUCGGAGAUGGAGGUUCAUGAAGAGAGCAAACAUUUUACACGCUACCAUCGUCCAUGAUGCUGAAGGUUGAGAGAGGAACUAAACAGCCCUCC